UGUCUGGCUGCAAUUUUGGCACUUGUGAUGUGCCGUUCUUUAAGCUUCAGUUCAGUUCUUACUUUGCUGCCUCACUCUCAGUUGGCCCCUACCCCUGAUUUACCAAUAAUUGAUGUGUCAAAAUGGCUGGUGAAGAUUUGCCCGUAACCAAACAGGGAGCAGCGACAAUUGAUGGAGUUCACACAGACAUUGUGUGUACAGCCUUCAAGGACAGGAUAUUCGUGGCAGUAACGCAAUAUGAGAAACUAGGGACGAUAGUGCAUGUUAUUCCAGACACCACUCCAGCUGACACACGGCAGCAGAAUUUUACGACAAAAGUACUUCUGGGCAAAGAUGAGCCUAUUACCCAUGUCAUGGCCAAGAAUCUAGCAGUGGAGAUAUGUGAAGCCCCUGACAGCAAACCGCUUCUUCUUGCCAUUGCUUUGAAGGAGCACUCCCCGGCCCUGCUGAAAUCUCUUCAAGAAUUAGUCAGCCAGUUCAAAGUUUGGUGACAUGUUUGAGUGUCAUGUUGCUAGGCAACAGAUGUGAAGUGUUGCUAAGCAACAUGGUGGUCAGUUAGUGUUUCUGUUAUUUAAAUAUUUGUAGCUUGAAAGGAUUCCUGGUGAAAGGGUUCAGAGUUCUUGUCUCUGAACUGUAAUAAAUUGGCCUAGCCAAGUAGAUGCAGUGAGUGUGAAGAUAAUUCCUUGUGCAUAGGCACAGGUUCUCCAUCAGAGACCUAUUUCUAAUUCCAAAUUAAAAUUGUUUCAUUAUAAUCCCUUGUCCAUAAUAUGGAAAUUUUUCCAUAAAAAGUCAUUUGUUAGGUGUAUUCUGUGUUUUUUUGCCUUACAAUUUAUUUUGCAUUUUACAAAAUUGUUUCAUUUUGUACCUUUGUACUCAGAAAACAAUUUGAUGUGAUGAGCAGAUAGGGGAGUGAGGGUACUUUUUUCAAGACAUAGAAGAGGUAUCUCAGAGAAAAACGUCUGUAACUUACAUCUGGUUUUAAAAUAUUCAUGGUGGUGUUGGCAGUUUCUUUUCAUUCUCUCAAAUUUGAUAUGCGGGCAGAUUUAUUGUAAGCUUGAAUUUAAAUAGCGCCCUCUGUAGACCAGUUUCGCUGAGUGAGGUGGGUGGGGCACAAUAUUGCGAUGGAUCGGCCGUCGAUAGUGGUUGUCCUUCUUGAAAUUUAUAUUUUAGUUAAACUGAACUUUGUAAACAUACUCACGUGAAUUAAGUAUGUUUGUCGUCUUCAAAUAAA